UCUGUUUUGGGAUGAAAAACACGAUUUGGGUCGUAAUAGGAGGGUGGAGUUAACAGCCUCUCUUUCCCGACCAACUACCGGACACUCCGCCUUUCUGCCCCGGUGAUAGAGCUUCCGUUGCCGGAUUCCUGGGGCAAACCCAAACCGCUGGAGCAGCACUCGAUGAACUUUAUGUCUGGAGAAGCGUAAUCAAGAAAGACACGGUAAAAUAAAGCGACGCGAACUUGGACAAAGUGAAAGUUGAGACACGUAGGUGCCACGUUAGUGAUAUUUACGAAUUUGUGUCCAUCGGGGAACUCAACAGUGGAAUCAUUAAGUGGUCUUUAUGAUUUAGAAAAGAGACAAAAAGAGAGGAAAAGUGGCUUGUCAGCACAACAGCUGACACUCAUCCACCCAGACAGCUGUCUGCCUGCCCGUCGGCUGGAUCUGCUGAACCGGGCUGCCGCUGGAUCUACCGGGCCCCUGUCAGGUGAAAGGCGUGGCGUUGGGUGGAGGUGCUUUGUUCUAGCAACACCUGAGUGUGUGUGAGAGAGAGAGAGAGAGAGAGAGAGAGAGAGUGUGUGCAAACCCGAGUCUGUGUUGAGCAAACUGUUGCAGCGGUGUCUUUCCUUCACAUGGAAAUAUGUUUACCGCCACACGGGCCCAUGUCACGCGGACACGUUAUGGAGCGUAAUGUCAGUUUGUAAGUUGGACCCUACGGACCGACGAGAGGAAACUGGAUCAGCUCGGUUCUUUUGGUACUGUACUCUUUAUUGACCGGGGGACAUAUCGAUGCCAUGGCGCUGUCCCAGGUCCAGUGUCUGGACAACCACCACGUCAACUGGCGCGUGAGCGAGGGCAAACCGGAGUUUUUCUACAGCGAGGACCAACGGCUGGCGAUCGAGGUUCUCGUUACCAAGGGCCGCGAUGCGUUCGGGGACUUCAUCCGCGAGACCGGCCUCAGGGAGUUCCUCUCGGAACCGGAGCUGCAGCGGAUUGAAUACAGCGCGGAGGCCUACAGGCCCGGACAUGAGCACCAUCAGAAGCCAGAUACUCCGGGGCCAGGGAGCAUGAUACCGGGUCCAGGGUGCAUGAUACCGGGCCCAGGGAACCUCACCCCGGGCCCGGGGAACCUUACCCCGGGGUCCGGGGAGUACGGGGGGGACGGCGAGGUGUCGCUGCAGUACUGGCCGGACCGGUCAGAGUCGUCAGUGGCGGAGCUGGACCUCGGGUGGCCCGAGGCCAGUUCAUACCGAGGGGUCACACGCGUGACCGUGUACACCCAACCUCCAACCGACGGGCUCACGCACAUCAAAGAGGUGGUGCGCAAGAGCAUCGCAUCGGCCCAGAAGGUGAUAGCCGUGGUGAUGGAUGUGUUUACAGAUGUAGAUAUCUUUCGGGACCUGCUGGAUGCAGCCUACAAACGCAAAGUUCCUGUAUACAUAAUAAUUGACUUGGCUUCAGUCCCCUGCUUCCUCUCCAUGUGUGGCAGAGCUGAUAUGCAUCGUGGACAUCUAAAGAAUCUGCGUGUGCGAAGCUGUGGUGGGGUGGAGUUCUUCACAAGAUCUGCACAGAGGGUGCGUGGAGCGCUGAGCCAGAAGUUCCUCCUAGUGGACGCAGACAAAGCCAUCUCUGGUUCAUACAGCUUCACCUGGUCCUCAUCUCGUUUGGACCGUAACCUCAUCACAGUGAUCACGGGGCAGGCAGUGGAGACCUUCGACUUUCAGUUUUGUGACCUUUACCUCGUUUCCAGAGGUGUGUCUCUCCACAAAGUCCCCAUGGCAGACGAGCCUGAGUUGGUCGCUCAGGUGGCUCCUGCUCCGGUGUCUGCUGCUGUAGCUAGGAAGCUCAUCAAUCCCAAAUAUGCUCUUGUUACCGGGGGAACUCACGCAAGUGCCAAUUCUUCUGAACAAAAUUCCAGGAACUCCCGUCAUCCCACUGGGCUCAAGUUUCCGAAAGCACGUGUUAGGGGGGUCAUCGAAGAACCACCCUUGCAUCCGGGAUUAGCCCAUCUGGAAAAGGCAUACAUGAUCCCGUACCUGCCCAUCUGGCCAGACCCAGACCCACCGAGCGACGUGAUUGGCUUUAUCAACAUCAGGGAUGAUAAGCGAGCCAAUCAGGUCCACUUACAGAGGUCAGAGAGGUUUGAGACUAGCCAGGCUAUUCGCUUCAGCUCACCACUGACGCUCCCACCGCAGAAGGAGAACCCCGCUUCAGUUCAGGAUGCAAAAGCUACAGGAGAUGCGGAGAAUCCAUCUGGGAAUACAACUGUCUCUACUCCUGUGAGUCAAACCAACAAACAGCUAAAAGAGCAAAUAGACAUUGUUCCAAAUAAAGACCAAACUGAUGCAACAGACUCCAGAGGGCCCCCUCAGCAGUCUGACAAACCUUUGACACAAGACACGCACAAACUGAAUGAACCAACGCCAUCCAAUGAUACUGCUGACUCACAGCCAACAGACACUGCUAAUCAAACUGCAGAGACUCAACCUGCAGCCCCUCCUGUUCCUAAACGCCGCACACUGCAGUUAGUCAUAGACCCCGCCUCCCCACAGGAGCCUGGACAACCACAGGUCACUCUGAUCAAAAUGGACCACUUGGAAAGUCUCGAUGGCUUCAAAGAAAAGGAAAACAGGGAGGAGCCAGGCCGUGGCCGCAUGUCCUCUAAAAAGGAGGAAAGUGACUCUGGCAGCACCGGCGAGGGCAGCCAGGACAGCACCAAGGUCAUGUGCGACCGAGGGGUCAUUGAUGCCCCCUCAAUCACCUCCACAGCAUCAGAGGAGGAGUUUUAUGAAUGUCCCCCGCCAGAGCCGAGUGACCCGCUGAACAACGGAGUGAAGACGGGGUCGGGCCGCGGGCAUCGCCAGGGAGACGGGUUCAACAUGAUGGCCCGCCUCUCCCAGAGCAUGCUGGAUCUGCGGGAUCCCAGCAGUGACGAAACCUCUGACCUAAUCCGCCAAUCACAGCAGCUCCGCAGACAGGGAAACCCCUCAACGCAAAGGCACAUAGGACAGUUGUUCCAGACCUCCAAGUCUCCGGGUCGUGACUCGCGACAGAGAGGCCCAAGUGUAAUCAUCGCCAAGCCUGGAAGUUAUCACCGUCCGACCAAUUCUGCUGUCCCGGUGAUCGGAGGACACCGUUACUGGCAGGGUCAAACGCUGCACCCUGAUUCGGCCCAGGCGCGCCUAGAGACCCGCUCCGGACGGUCACCACGGCGACACAGCCCGGGGUACAGGAAGGCUGCUCAGGCCGCGCCACGCAUGCACACCAGCCCAUCAGGGUUACUAGGAGUAUCUUUCUCAAAACUCAGCAACUUUAAACACUUAAGGGCACGAGGUGAUGCGUCGCAGAAGAAGGCGUCUGAAAACAACAAGGCGGAUAGGUAGAGGAGUGGGCGAGCGAAGGUACACGAGAACGAUUGAUGAUACAGACAUCCUGCUAAAGUCUUGACUCUUCAGUGUGGAAUAUUCUCUAUCUCUGGCAUGCGUGUCAUUCCCUCUUUUCAAACCCUGAGGCUCAACAUAAAAUAACCUUUUGAUGGGAUUUUUUCGACUAUGUUAACAAGAGUUGGCAGUUUGAAUUGAUAAUAUUUCUUAAGAAUAGAUUAAUCAUCUUCAAAACCAGCGCUUCAAGGCUAAUAGCGUCAGACUGGAUGGUUUUGGGAGUGUGUGGGAGAUUGCACAUUUUAGAGGCAGAUACUGAUACCUUGGUGGAAACAAACCCAAAACAUGAGUAUUGUAGAUAAUAAUACAUCUACUGUGACCAAGUGUCCUCUGCAAACUCAGGCACUUCAGCCUUAAACAUAUUUCUUAAUUACAUUACCUGCUUUUCUUAUUCAGACUUGUGCACUGUAAGAUGUAUUUUUUUCCAUAUCAAACCUAGACAAACUGUAUCCACAACAUGCAAGAUCAGUUGAUUAUGGCUCCUUGCUGACACAAUGUAAGAGUCUCUGGUGUUGAUACGAAUGUGAUUGGUUACUGAUGGUGUUAGGGUAGGGCUGCUGUGUUGUUAACUGGUAUAAAUGCAAUAUUAAACACUGAUGUGGGACCAAAAGUGAAUGUUGUAAAUAAAAAGAAAAACUGUUGCUAUCCAG